AUGGACGCCAUCUUCUCGCUCGCGGCGGGGCCCCGGGCGUGUGUCCUGGAGCGCGCAGCGGCCCGCAUCCCCGGCUGCCUCUACAUCUGCCUUUGGGCGCCGAUGAUCGCUGGACCGCUCCCUUCCAGCCAUUUGUUUUGCGUGGACGCGUGGAUCACCAACGACGGCGGCGGUCGCGCAAGGGCGGUGUUCGACGAGUACCGGAGAGCGUUCUGCGCCAUCGUGAGCGGGUUAGCUUGCAUUGCAACUCCAUUUCAGGUUCAGCCCAUGGAUUGUUUAGCUCCAUUUGUUUCUGACGGUGGUGGUCACCGAGCUCGCAGCUGCGUGCCCGGCUGGGCGUACAAGGACCGCCGCCCGUACAUGGAGCUGUCGGAGACGGACCUCACGUCGUCGGCGUCGCUGCCCGUGCAGCUGCAGUUCUACCACGUCAGUAUAUGCGCCCCUGCAAACGUUAGAUAG